AUGCCUCCGGGUUCCGUUGCCAAGGUGGGCCAGCUGGAAACCUUUAGCCUUCCCGAGACCGUCUCUGGGACUCUCUCAGACAGAGCCACGGCAAAAGCCAUGAUCGACGCUUGGAGACGCGACGGCAUCUUCCAGAUUGCCACGAGCCCGUCGCAGCAGCGCCUGUACGACCGAGCCACCGCGGCCAGCAGGGCCUUUUUCAAGAGGCCGCCGGCUCAAAAGCGUGCGUGCGUCAACGACUCGAGCUACGCAGGCUACGUCGCUUCGGGGGAGGAGGUCACCGCCGGUGUCGCCGACUACUCGGAAAUCUUCACCGUGACCAAGGAGCUCAAGUCGAGCGAAUACCGCGUCCGGAACAAGUGGCCGUGUCAUGGGCCGUGUCCGUGGCCCGACGACGGCAUGCGGGCAGCCAUGACGGGAUACAUGGCCGACUGGGACCGCAGCGGCGGCAAGGUUCUUCAGAUGGUUGAGCUGGGUCUCGCAGUGCCUCCUGGGUCGUUGACAAAGUACACGCGAGACGGCUGGCACCACAUGCGCGUUCUGAGAUUCCCGCCCAGACAUUGCACAAAUGGCAAGGGAAAAGCCGGUCGUGGUAUCGGGUCCCACACGGACUAUGGCCUGCUAGUGCUCGCUGCGCAGGAUGAGGUCGGAGGCUUGUUUGUGCGCCCGCCGCGGCGUGGAGAGAGCUUUGCCAACUGGGAUGAGAGUUCGGCCGGAAUGAUGGAAGAUGAACCUGGCUGGGUCUACGUCCCGCCUGCACCCGGGGUAUUUACAGUAUUUCCCGGAGACAUGAUGCAGUACGUGACCAACGGCUUUUUGCGGUCAACGCCCCACAAGGUCGGGCUGAACGCCCGCGAGCGCUUCGCCUUUGCCUAUUUCCACGAGCCCAACUUCCGGGCCGUCGUGAGACCGCUCCCCGGGUACGACGCCGGGCAACAGCCCGUCGACGGUGUCCACUACGGAACCCACUUCACCGACAUGGCCCUGCGGAACUACCCUCGCCGCCUGUCGACCACGAAGCUGGUCCGCGAGGGACGAUACGCAAUGCUCAGAGGCGAUAGCUUGAGAAGCGACAUGGGCGCUGUGGACCCGUUGCGCAACAGCUCGAGGGUUUCUCGGCAUUGCGGACAACUGUUGACGGCGGGCUGA